AUGGCCCUGAUUUGGCUCCUGCUGUUCAGCCUGCUGGAGCCCUGCUGGCCCGCAGCGGGCCCCGGAGCGCGGCUGCAGCGCGAUGCGGGCGGCCGCGGCGGCGUUUACGAGCACCUCGGGGGAGCGCCCAGGCGCCGCAAACUCUACUGCGCCACCAAGUACCACCUGCAACUGCACCCGAGUGGCGGCGUCAACGGCAGCCUGGAAGACAGCGCCUACAGUCUCUUGGAGAUCACUGCUGUGGAGGUGGGCAUUGUGGCCAUCAAGGGACUCUUCUCAGGGCGGUACCUGGCCAUGAACAAGAGAGGACGCCUCUACGCCUCGGAGAGCUACAAUGCUGAAUGUGAGUUUGUGGAACGUAUUCAUGAACUAGGUUAUAACACCUACGCCUCCCGGCUGUACCGGACGGUGCCCAGCGGGCCUGGGGCCCGGCGCCAGCCCGGCACUGCCGAAAGACUAUGGUACGUGUCUGUGAACGGCAAGGGCCGGCCCCGUCGAGGGUUCAAGACGCGCCGUACACAGAAGUCCUCCCUGUUCCUGCCCCGAGUGCUGGACCACAAGGACCAUGAGCUGGUGAGGCGGCUCCGGGGUGGCCUGGACAGACCACCGGACAAGGGCUCCCAGGCACGGCGCCAGCGUCGGCAGAGGAAGCAGAGCUGGGGCCCCCACACUUAG